CAGCAAACCCAUCGCCCAUAACGGUUCCCAUGUCGAUCAAGGACAAAACGAAGGAUUAGGACAAAUUGCGACGGAUCAAUCUUCGCCCCAGGGAGGAUACAACUUUACUCAAAUCAUUGAACAGGUGUCAAGAUCAAGUCAACAACACAAGCCCGCAGAAUUAAGUGCCCUCUUAAUCGGCCUAUUAGUUUUCAGCGGCCUCUUAAUCGGUCUAUUAACCUGGUGGAGUCGCAAGACAAAUUAUUGUCAAUAUAUGAACAGAAAGCGAUCGAAGCAGGGAUCUAUAAGGACGAUGAAGAAAGAUGCUUUAUCCCCGGAGCGAUAUACGCCUAACCCGCAGUAUAGCGCUUGUCCUACGGCUUUGCCUUUGCUGAACAGGGAGUCUUUGGUUUUUUUGCAAGAAAUUGGGGAAGGUUGUUUUGGAAAAGUGUUUAAAGGUGAGUUAAGAAAUGAAUCCAGGUGUGAUACAGUAGCAAUUAAAGUUCUGAAGGAUACGGCAGGACGAGAGGCCGAGGAAGACUUUUUGCGAGAAGUCGAUAUAAUGAGUGCUUUUAGGCACGAUAAUAUCCUUACAUUGAUCGGAGUUGUAAUGCGAGAUGGAACAAAUAGCCCCUGGAUGGUAUUCGAGUACAUGCCCCAUGGUGAUUUGGCAGAAGUGUUAAGAGCGAACGCGAAAGUUCCUCGACUCAAGAACCCAUCAUCUUGCGCCGCACCCGCGCCAAAACUAGAUAAAACAUCUUUACUUUCGAUAGCUUCUCAGGUGGCAAAUGGUAUGAGAUAUUUAUCUGCCCAAAGAUUUGUCCAUCGUGAUCUUGCAUGCAGAAAUUGCCUUGUUGGAACUGGAUUGUCGGUGAAAAUUGCAGAUUUUGGCAUGAGCAGAGAUGUAUAUACUUGCGAUUAUUAUAAGAUUGGUGGUAACCGUCUCUUACCAAUUAGAUGGAUGUCUCCUGAAAGUGUGAUGUAUGGUAGAUUCACAUUGGAAUCUGAUGUUUGGUCCUAUGCAGUUUUGCUCUGGGAAAUCUAUAGUUUGGGAAUGCAGCCUUAUUAUGGACACAGCAAUGAUCAAGUUGUAAAACUCAUCUUACAGGGCGAAAAGUUGAUGCCCCCAGAAGGUUGUCCAUCCUUCAUAUGCGACCUGAUGAAGUUAUGUUGGAAAACAGAACCUCGGGACAGAUUAACCUUUCCUGAAAUUUACGAAAAACUUGCAAAAGCUCGUGCUGAAAUGGCAGCUUCUCAGCAAGAAAUCAAUCAAAAUAUCGAAAUCGCUGAUGAUUUACCAAGGCCUCCGAUUAUAAUACCAACACUGGACAUCAUGCAGCAAACUGAGGAUUUGGAGGGUUACUUGAAACCACAGAAGGCACAACCUCCUGAAUAUAUGGUGGCUAUAGCUUAA